CUGCGCUGAGAGCACGCAAGUGAGAGAAAGCGAGAGAGCAGAGAGAGGGAGGAGGGAAGGAGACGGAGAGAGCGAGGAGAACAGAACAGAACGAUAAGAAACACACAGAGCACACGGAGAGCAAAAGAGCGAGAGAUGAAAUUCCUGGGAGCCGUCUGCAUCCUUCUCUUCCUGCCUGAUUUCAGCCUCAACAGCAGCUAUGACAUGCUGGAGAAGAAGCUGAAGGAGGCGUUUACAGAAAGAACAGGGAUCUUACGCCAACUCUCCAAAACAUCCAAGGAGCUGGACAGUAUAAAGGGCAACCUGCAGUCGAUGAAGAACGAUGACUCACUGCCCAAGAAGGAUGUUCAGAGGAUUCUGGAUCUGAGUCACAAACAAAGAGAGGAGAUGAGAUCACUCCAGGCGGCCCUUCAGAAGCAACUGGACGAGGCAGCAGAGCGAGCCGAGAAACAUCAAGCCACGAUCAAGUUCCUCAAGAUGGAGAUGGAGAAAAAGACCAAAAUCAUCAAAGACCUACAGCAGGAGAACAAAAGCUUGAAGAAUAAACUACUUUCUGGGAAUAAGCUGUGUGACAUACAUGCAGAAGAGUCUAAAAGAAUCCAGGCUCAACUGAAGGAGCUGAGAUACGGCAAGAAGGAUUUAAUUUUCAAGGGUCAGCAGCUCAUGGACCUGGAGAACAAGCUGCGAGUGGCCAAAGAGGAACUGGAGAAAGCAGCACUGGACAAGGAGUCCCAGCUGAGGGCUUUGAAGGACACGGUCCAUAUCUGCUUCUCAUCUGUCCUCCAAACCCAGACGGUGGAUUUACACAGACUGCCGGCCACGCCCACUCACUUGAUGCGAUACUCUCCGUUCGUCAAUAACUCAAGAGUCACCUUCAGGGAGCCGCACAUGAAGGACAUCCCAAAAGUGCCCAGAAUAACAAGUAAAUCUGCAGCAAACAUGGAGGUAACGAGGAGAGACGACUCAGGAGGUUCAGGAGGAUCAGGAACUUCAGGAGGUUCAGGAGGACCUGGAGGUUCAGGAGGAUCUGGAGGUACAGGAGGAUCAGGAACUUCAGGAGGUUCAGGAGGAUCUGGAGCUUCUGGAGGUUCAGGAGGACCUGGAGGUUCAGGAGGAUCUGGAGGUACAGGAGGAUCAGGAGCUUCAGGAGGAUCAGGAGCUUCAGGAAUCAAGGCCUGCCAGAUGGUGAAGGUGGGUGCUGGAUGUUCUCAGACUCAGACUGAGAGAACAUCUGUGGAGAAAUCAGACCAACCUGCACAGCAACAGGCGAGGACUGUGAAACACACGGAGGUGCAGAUGUCCAGGAAGAUGGAGGGAGGAACAAAGACACAGCUGGACAAACACGACUGAGACGUGACUAAACAACACAGCUGGACAAACACAACUAAAAGACUUGGCUGAUUUUUUUCCGUGUGGUAUUGGUUUAAUCAGUUUAACUCCCCUGACCUGUCACUCACAGAGAAUAGAAAGCACACACACACACACACAUGCACACACACACACACACACACACACACACACACACACACACA